GUCGUCCGUGCAACGAUGGAGGAAGAUGUUUUGAAUGCCUUACACAGCCGUACGGCCUAUUUGCCGGGCAGCUGUGAUCGUGAUGGCAAAAUUAUUUUCAUUGUCAAUGUUAUCAACGAUCUUCAAAGUUGGCAGCGCAAAUGUUUGGAGCUUUCAGCCGCCUAUUUGCGACGAUCUCUGAGUGACAUCAUUUUGCAAAGGGGCAUAGCGGUAAUUGUCGAUGCCCAGAAGUCAACGGCUCGCAUAACAAGGCAACAUGCUCGCUACAUUUACAAUUUGUUCGAGGGCCUAAAAGUCAGUCUGUAUCUAGUCAAAUCGGAAGGAUUCUGGGAGAAACAUGUGGAGACAUGUGCAAAAGGUCAAAGCAAAGCGGAGCCCAUUGUCUUGUCUAAGGCCCGCUUAACAAAAUUUUUCGAUUUGUCUUCACUGCCCGAACAAUUGGGGGGCAGCCUACAAUACAAUCAUGAUUUGUGGCUACAACAACGCAAGUCUGUGGAAGAGUUCAUUAAAUAUUAUGACGAUUGUUUAAAAUCCAUGGAAAGUUUACACCAACGACUGCAGGGCAAUAAAUCAAUACGACCAACGGAAGCGGAUGUGCAGCUUAAGAAGAGUGCCCAACAACAUAACGCAGUGCAGUGCAGCAUUGAUACGGUCAUUGCCAUGGGCAAUCGUAUAUUAACGCAUUUCAAUGAAGUCUAUGCUCCAACUCCGCCGUUUGCAGCCUCUGUGUCCAGCAACACAGCAGCACCGCAUGCCAGUGCAAGCACAACUUUAAAUAAAACCAAAGCAAAAUCUACAACAACACUAACCACAAACUCCAAAUCGAAUUCAACGUCAACAGCAGUGCCAACAUCAACGCAACCACAGCAGCAUGAUUCAAACAAAGUUUACCUCAGUGCUGCGUCUGCGCACUCGCCACCUGUUACAAGCACCACAAGUGGGUCGCUGACUAAACUGCCAUUGCCACCCGACUUGAAUUGUGAACGAGCCCGCAUUGAAAUGCGUCUAAAUGAAAUUGAAAAACGCCAAACCGAUGUGCGGACAGCCUGGCUUGAAUUGCUGCAGUCGGUGAGGGAAGCCAGAGAAGUGGCCACCCUGGAGGAGGGAGUGGCCUUUGUCACCAAUUGGAUUUUAAACACGGCGGAGCAAAAGCUGAAUCGCCAAACGACCAUUGGCUGUGAUGUCAAGGCGUGUGAGCAGUUGAGAACAGCACAUGACCAGCUGGAAUUGGAAUGUCGUGAAACGUAUGGCUUCUAUGCUGAGUUGUUGUACAAAAUCGAUUCAUAUUCCGGCAGCAAGGAUACGCAGGCAUUUCGUGACCUAUUGCCACAAAAGGAAUUCAUGCAGUUUGUGUGUCGUUCGUUUGCCACCAGGCUGGAGAGAAGGCGCAACAUUCUGAUCACCUCAUUGCGGUUUUAUCGCCUGGUAACCGAAUAUUUUGAAAGAACCACAGAUGUGUUCGAAUCACUAGUCAUGGGAACGACAGGGGGUAAAAUUGGGGAUUUAACAGCGGCCACGUCAACGCUGAAAAAGCUUAAAAGUUCUCAACAAAAUUUGGUUACCAUGGAACGAGAAUUGAUAAAGGAUGGCGAAAAACUCAGCGACAUACUGUCAAUGCCGGUUAAAGAUGCACUUGGCCGUGACCUACACAUUGACUACAGCGAUGACAUCUGUAAUAUUCGUGAAAUUUUAGACACAACACUGGCGAGACGGAAAAUUUUCAGCGAUAGCGUUGAACUGCAAAAGCUCACCUUGGAACAGGUGACACACAUUUACACAUACGAGCAGGAUGCACGCAUGGCCAUCAAAUGGCUGGACGAUUUGUACAAUGUCAUGAUCAAAUGCCACUCCCAUGUUGGCUGCAACAUACACGAGAUACAGGUGCAAAAGGAUGAGUUGCAAACAUUUCAGGAAACUGGAAAGAGUAUCUUCCAGUACGGCUGUCAAUUGCUGGAGGCCUCACAAACAUUGCGCAGCACCUGCAAGCUGGAGGUAACUCAAACACUGCAAAUGCAUCGGCAAUUGGAGAAGACAUGGCACAGUCUGCAGGCCAUAAGUCAAGAGCACAUGACACGUCUACGCGUUUCCGCUGUCUUUCAUCGCAGUGUCGAAGACUAUUGUCAGCAGCUGAUGGAUCUACGACGCAGCCUGCGCUCUAUGCUGCAACAGCAACGACUGCAGAUGCGCCACCAACAGCGUAGCAGCAGCAGUGGGGUCAGCAGUGAAUCCGCCUCGCCGCAACCAUCCUCCACAACCUCUACCAUGACGCGCAAUACCACAUCAUCAUCGCCCUGCCAUCUCAAUUCUGCUUCCAUGCCACGAAAGACUUGCACAUCCAGCAGAAGAACAGGGCCGCUGAUGCUGGCGACCGCCCUGCUCAACGAUUGCGGUGUGGUGGCACUCACCGAAAAAUCUUUAAACGAGCAGAACGAAUUGUUGCGCAAGUAUUUGGUGGAACGUGAAAAACUUUUGUUGGAAGUAGGUCGCAUGGUACGUCUGGGAAGGCUACUCAAAACACGUUUGAAGGAACCUUUCAUCUUGGAUGCAGCCACAGGCAAAUGCGUUGUGGUCGAAGACUUGCCCACAGAAAUAACAGCACCCAGUCCCUCCAUGGAGAGUUCGAUAUCGGGUAGCAGCAGUAACACCAGCACUAGCACUACAGUGGACUCAAUCUCAACGCGUUUAGCAGCUGAUCCCACCAAAGUUGUUAUAAAUCCCACGGGUAGCAAUGGCAUGGCCUGCACUGCCAUCACUGGAAAACUGACGGAUAUUGCCGAAGUUGCAGAAUCUUUGGAUACAGUUAUACGAGACAUCCAGGAGAAUUCGCAGAGGGUAGAAGUGGAGUCGAAUCCCAGCCCAAGGGAUAAGAAGCUGGGAACACUAAGGAGCACAAGCAGUGAGGACUGGCAUUCCCGUUCUACCGAAGAUGACUCUUUCGUGACGGCUUCUGAAGGUCGCACUUCUUCGUAUAUGAGUUGCAAUAAGAGCUCAUUCGAUUAUAGUGAGGGAGAUGACUCCACAUUGGCUUUUGAUAUGCCUGACGUCAAUUUACCCUUCAAUAUGUCCUUUGAUGAAUCGGAACAUAGUUUCAUUUCGGCCCAGCAGGAUGGCAAUAAAACACCCACAAAACUAUCGGAAAAUGAUGAUGUUACCUUGGACGAGCUGAGGGCGCCCAGUAGUUUGGCAGAUAUUGAAGAUUUGCACAGUGAAAGUGUAACUCCCACUCCAGCGGAAACCGAGGAACUUUAUGUUGACAGCAUACCAGUGGAAUCUGAAACAGAACUGGAGGUGGCCACUAUUGCCAAUGCAUCCUCAAUGCAGGUUCUAACUGAAUGUCCAAAAAUGCCGAUGUCCUUAACGCCAGAGAGUAUCGAGAAAUUAUACAUCAAAGUUGUGGAACUGGAACCAAAGAUAACAACCUUAGGUGCUAAUCUCGAAGAAUCAAUAAGACUACAAAGCGACCACGAUGAGACUCUUAGGAAUAUACAGAACCUGCCCGGUCCCAUGGAAGAAUUCGUUCACAAGGCUGACAAAUUGCUGGCCAGCAAGCGCAUCAGUUCGGAUCUAGUCAAUGCCAUGGCCGAUACUUUGAACAUCAUUUGGGCUGAUAUUUUACACCUGCUCCAAGAUCGUCAAAAUAUUCUUCACAUGUGCACCCAAUUCCAGGACAAAAUGGUUCAGUGCCGAAGACGAAUGGACUCGUUGGAGGUUGCCUGCAUCGAUACCAUGAUACCCAUUGAGGUGGCAGCUGUCCAAGAGUUUCUUAGUAAAUUCAAACAGCUGCGCAUCGAUAUGCUGACGGCCGUCAUGGCAGCUCUUAAGGACGGCAAUGAAUUGUUGGCCCAAUUGCAAGAACUGGAGAAUCUGGAGACAUUGGACACACGACCUGAGCACAUUAAGCGUGAUGCUGCCAGGGCAGUGCAUCAGGUGCAACAAUGGCUGGAGGCUUUGCAUGACAGACGCAAUACUUUGGAGAUUGCCUGGCAGACUAGGAAAACACAACUGGAACAGUGUUUGGCCCUGGCCAUGUUGGGACGAGAAUUGAUUGAUGUGGAAGCGUUGCUGCAGCGUCAAAAGGAUGAAAUCUCCAGCCUCUUUAGUUUGGGAGAAUGUGAACACACAGCGAAUCUGGCCUUACAAAAUUAUCGCGAACACAAACAACAUGCUGUGCAGGUGCGGGAUCGAGCCCUCAAAAUUACUCGAGCCAAAGAAAAACUGCAGGCCUCGGGCACCUUUACCGGAGAUGAGGCUUGUGCUAGGGCCUAUAAUGUGUUGAGUGCUUGCUCGGAACAUUUGGAUUUAGUGGAUCAGCGAGAACAUUGGCUACAACAGUCAAGGGACUUUUUCGCCAAGGCCGACAAUACUCUUAAAGUGUUGGAGAAACUGGAGGUGGAGUUGUCCAAUGUUAAACUGCCUCCAAAUUCCCAAGAAAGUUAUGCCAUGUAUUCCAAGGUGGCUCGAGAUGUGGCCAGAUUCACGGAGGAGCCUUUGCGUUUGGGCUACAGCAUUUUAGACGAAGUGGGUCGUACACAGCCCGAAACCCAAGGUAUUAAGCGGGUGUUGGAUGAGAUUGAAAAUCGUAAAGCCUAUAUAGAGGGCAUUUGUGCCAACAGCAAUGAGGAGCAGCGGCGUGUCAAUGAAGCUCUUAAGGAAUUUUUCGCCCAAUACAAUGAUCUGCUGCAGUGGCUAAUGUCCUCGGGUCAACAAUAUCUACAGCAAAAUAUACACAUGGGCAGAACCUUGGAACAGAGUAAACAAUUUUUGCUGCAGCACCAUGAGCUCAUGCAGGAUUUAGAGAUAAAAGGUGAACUUAUCAAUCUACUGCUGGAAUCUAUCAAAACCCAUUUGGAAUCGUUGAGUGCCCAGCAGCGCUAUGAUGUUGACUCCAAGGCCGAAUCGUUGCACAAGCAUUGGAUAGAAUUGAAAGAUUUGGUACUGAAACGUGUCGACUGUGUUUCGGUCCUUAUCGAAUUCUUUGAAAAGGCCAACGAAUUUGGCAGCCAAAUGGAUAAUCUGAAGCGUCAAUUGGCCUUUACACCCAAUGAACAGAAACUACCAUUUUUGCAAGAGACUUGGACGAAUAUGCGUACAAAUUUCGCAGAAUUAAAGAAUUUAGGUUCCAGAUUCCAGAACUGGAGGAUAUUGGAUCCGUAUCUCGAUACAAAACCAUCUGUGAAUGCUGUCGAAGAUAUCCUCAAUGGUUUCAGUAAGCAACAGUUCGAUGUAACAACAAGUUUUGAAAAUUGGACAACGCAUAUAACGGAAAAGCGUGAAGUUGAAACUAUUCUGGAGACGAUCAUGAGUCAAAAUGAAGAGACCGCUGCCAAAACCACAAAUGUGGAUACUCAACUAUAUCCGAUUUUCUCAACACCAUCAGAGGAUGCCAAACAAUUGCACAAUAUCACCAGUGAAAAAUUGAAAGUUGUCUUGCAGGAUAUCGAUCAGGCACAAAAUGAAAUACAAGAAAGAGUUCACACCACUCUCAACAUACAAACGAAGGAUCCCGAAGCAAUGCAAAAGAUAGAACAGGUCAUAGCCAAUUUGCGCACUCUAAAAUCAAAACUCGAUGGCAUUCGAUACGAUUAUAAGACAUUGGUGGAGAGUAGCUUGCAAUUUUUGGAAAGCGUGCUUAAAAUUCACCAAGAAAUCACAGACUACUUUACAAAACAAAAGCAGCAUCAGCAGAAUUCAAAUGAUGCCAUUGAGCGUUGCAUUGCCGAACAUGAGAAGUUCCGUGAUGUGAGUAUGGAACGUUUCCGCUCACUCAUCACCCAAUCCGAGAUUCUGAUCGAUCGGGUGAGGGCUUUAGAACCCGCGGGAGCCAAGGAGGUGGAUACCGAUCGUAUUUUGAAGCUGAUGGAAAAUCUGCGUUUAUACUUUGAGUCCUGCAAUGGCGAAAGAAUGUCCUCGUUGGAGCGUCUGGAGAAAUUGGACAAGUUCAAAAAUGAUUUGGUGGAUAUCAAUCGCAGUUUAGAUAGCGUUUCGAGGCAAUUGCAAGAAAUCAAUGGACAAAAUGUGGAUAGUUUGGCUGCCGCAAAGACAACAUCAUUGGCAUUUGAGUAUUUUGAACGAACCAUUGAGAGUUUUAUGCCGAAAGUUUUAAAACCCACACGUCAUGAAUUGCGUUGGGGCUGUUAUCUUCACACAAUGGAGUUGCUUGAAAAGCGCAUUGAAAAAUUCACUGAGACUACCACCCAACAGUUGCUGAUUUCCAAUCCAGAGAGUGAAACCUUCUUCCGCGAAGAACUGCGAAAGCUUAACGAGAAAUGGCAACAAUUCAGAGAUCAAGUGAAACAAAAGAGAAAUUCACUCAACCAGGCCACUGAAUUUUUCGAGGUGGUGGAAAAGAUUGAUUGCGAAUAUCGCGAGAUCAGCUAUUUCUACAACAGCGUCUCUAAUAAAAUACCCUAUCUUCGCGAUCCAGUCGAAGCCUCAAAUCUGGUCAAUGACAUUGACAAAUAUGUUAACGAACGUGAAGCCCCUUUGCGUGAAAAACUGGAAAAUGCUGCCAAAUGUACGCACGAUAUGAACAAAGUUUCCCAACUGUACAAUGACGUCAUGACCAUAUUCCAAUCGUUUAUGAAACUAAAGUCGGACAUAACGAUAGUUUCGGAACGUCUUAAGAAUGAAGAGAGAGCACGGGAACAACGUGAACGUGAUGCUCGGGAGCAAGCCGAACGGGAGAAGGCAAUGCGCGAAGCUGAAGCUCGGGAGAGGGCAGCACGCGAACAGGAGGCACGUCUGCAGGCAUUCCAAGAGCAAGCAGCACGUGAACAGGCCGAACGUGAUCGUUUGGCUCGUGAAUUGGCCGCACGUGAACAAGCAGUGCGCGAAGAGGAGCAACGUCUGUUAAUGGCUCGUGAACAGGCAUCCCGCGAACAGGCCCUCCGCGAGCAGCAAGCACGCGAAGAGGAACAAGCUCGUUUGAGAGCCUUGCGUGAGGAAGAAGCUCGUCUGCAAGCGGUUCGUGAACAAACCGCUCGAGAACAGGCAGCACGCGAGCAACAGGCACGCGAAGAGGAACAAACACGAUUGCGUAUUAUACGCGAGGAGGAGAUACGUUUGCAAACUCUACGCGAACAAACUGUACGCGAAGAGGAGUCACGUAUUCAAGCGCUACGUGAACAAACGAAACGCGAAGAAGAAGCUCGCAUGUUGGCCUUUAAAGAACAAAUGGAGCGUGAGGAGUCACUUAAGCGUUUGCAGAGCGUGCGUGACCAAAUCGACCAUCAACGCAUAGUUACAGAAAAUAUACGCAAGGACAUUGAAAUCAAUCACAUAUUCACUGAAAUAAAGUACUCCUCGCCAGUCUUUGUGAAGCCUUUGAAGGAUGCCGUGACCCGUGAAGGAGAUAAAUUCACUUUUGAAUGUGAAGUUACUGGCAGUCCCGAACCUUCUAUUGAAUGGUAUAAAGAUGGCAUUCUGAUUCAAAACAAUCCUGAUUAUAAGACCAGUUUCGACAAGGGCCUAUGCCGUCUUGUUAUUGAGGAAACUUUUGCUGCUGAUUCGGCCAGAUUUUCCUGCAGGGCCUCAAAUUUGGUGGGCAAUGCUACCACCAAUGCAGUAUUGUCGGUACGUGAAAAUGCCGCCGAAGUACAAAUGAUUGCACCACGUAUUGUGCGUUACCUGGCCAGCGGUAGUGCCAAGGAGGGAUCUUCUUUUGAAUUCUCCUGUGUUGUAACCGGCAAUCCUUUGCCCACGGUGCAAUGGUAUAAGAAUGACAAAUGUAUCGACGAUUCGCCGGACUAUGUGAUCAGUUACAAUAAUGGCGAGGCCAAGUUGCGUUUCGAAGAGGUCUUCUUGGAGGAUGAUGCAGUCUACACUUGCAGUGCUUCCAAUCCAGCUGGCAUCGAACACUGCUCAGCCAGUCUGCUGGUAGAACCUCUUGAACCCACUGAAGUUCCCCACUUCAAGAUACCUCUCAACAAUGCCAUGGCUCGCGUAGGCCAAAAGGUUAAGUUGGAAGCUUUAGUUGGGGGCAUACCGCGUCCCGAUGUCUAUUGGCUUCACAAUGGCAAACAAUUCUUCCCUCGUGAUGUAAAGUAUGAGUACGGCCGCGUAACGCUUAUAAUACCACAAGCCUAUCCAAACGACGCUGGAGUCUAUGUACUGACAGCUAAAAAUUUAGCAGGUGAAGCUUAUAGUUCGUGUAACGUGAUUGUCAAAGGACGUCUGCCAAACGAGACGUCCGAUUCGGAAAUGGCUUCGGAUAUGGAACCGACUAAGCCAACGGUGCAGUUGUCGCUAAAAGAUGUAUCGAUUGUCGAGGGUAAAUCAGUGCGUCUCGAUUGUAUAAUUGUGGGCCAGCCCGAGCCCGAAGUGAUUUGGUAUCACAACGAGAAGCCCAUCAAGGAAUCGGCUGAGGUGAAGUUGCUCUUCCAGGGCGACAAGUGUUCGUUGAUUAUUCAGGAGGCGUUUGCUGAUGACGCUGGCAAUUACAAAGUGGUGGCCAUCAAUUCCGCGGGCGAAGCUUCGAGCAGCUGCGAUGUGAAGGUCACACCAUCCACCGAAUCGGAAACUGCCUCCGUGGCUGGAUCUGAAACCAAGAAAGAGAAGAAGGUGGAAACAAUCGUUGUGGAAGACGUAGGCGAAGAAGAGGAAGAAGAAGUUGUUGUGGAAGAGGUCGAGGAGGAGGAAGAGGAUGAAGAGGCCUUCCUCGAAUUUGUAAAGAAAAUCGAGGAUCAAACUGCCGAAAUGGGAGAAGCAGUCAAAUUUGAAGUCGUCCUCAAGGCUAGUCCCAAAGCCACAGUGGAGUGGUUCUUCAAUGGCAAGGAGGUCAAGGCUGACAAUGACAGCUUUGCUCUCUCCACCAAGGGAGAUGACCAUUUCUAUUUUACUGUAAAGAAAAUGAGCACCUCCACCGCUGGCAAGGUAGAGGUAAGAGCCAAGAACACUGUUGGUGUCUCUUCGUGCGUAGCUUUCUUGGGCUUGUCCACUUCCGAGUUGGACGACAUGACCGAUGAUGAGACCCAAAGCCUUACUCAGGAUAACUCUGCCUCGGCUUCGGUAACCAUCGAAAAGAAAACCGUUACCACCACCACCACCCAAUCGCAGGUGAAGACUUCCAAUGGCGAUCCCCCAUCUCAAAUCCCCGAGAUAGUGGAAGAGAGCCCCAAGGAAAUGGUGCUUUUGGAGACCACCGUUACCGGCUCCCCCACCCAUGGCCAUGAUUCCGUGCCCGGUUCUCCAUCCGGUGGUCGCAAAACCUAUGCUCCCCGCUUUACCACCGCCCUUGCGGGAAAAAUUGUCGAUCAGGGCACAGAUAUUACCAUGGAAGCUGUCGUCGAUGGCCAGCCUACUCCCGACAUCGUUAAGGUGGAGAAGAACGGUUCCAAUUUGAUGCAAAAUGAUCGCAUCUCCAUCAAAGCCAAGGAUAACCAUGUCGUUAUUGGUGUCAAGAAUGUAAAUCAUACGGAUGCUGGACGCUAUGCCGUCACUGCCAGUAAUGUAGCUGGCCAGGCAACCACCACGGCCGAUUUGAUUGUCAAAAAGUCCAUCUUCCCACCUGUCUUUGGCAAGCGUUUGCAAGCUCAAGUCAUGAAGAAGAAUGAGAGGAUUGUCAUGGAAGUCGAAGUCACUGGUUUACCCCCACCAUCGAUCGUCUGGAUGAAGGACGAAAAGCCACUGAAUGAGGCUGAAAUAUCGCAACAUAGACUCCUGGUUAAUGGCAAUUGCCAUACAUUGAUCAUCGAAAGAGCCCUUAUUAGCGACUCUGGCAAGUACAUGGUCAAGGCAACCAAUGCUGCUGGCGAAGCCAAAAGCAUAGCGGACUGUGCCGUUUUGGAACCAACUCCAGAACGCAUGCAAGAGGUGGUCAAGACUGUUGUCUUUGAGAGACCCGAUGCAUUCACCACUGAAUUUAACAAGGAACCAAUGUCGUAUGAGACCCACAGAAGCGAAAGCACCAAGGCUAGCGACAUGCAUGGCUUAUCAGAGUCCAAGAUUAUAACUGAGCAUCGUUGCACUACCGAGGCAACCAUGCGUCUAGAACAUAAACCUGUCUACUCCGAUUUGCCUGACCGUCUGACAAGACCUAGCAGCAUGGAUGUGACCGACCACAUUGGUAGUAGAGUGCCACCGCCAACGUUUACUCCCGCUCCCUAUAUGGUGCCAACACCAUUCAGUGGGCCUACGCCUUUCGCUGGGCCCACGCCUUUUGGCGGGGCAGCGCCUUACAGCGGACCCACACCCUUCAGCGGACCAACGCCUUUCCAACCCUCAGCUCCAACAACGGCAUCGCCUAUGUUCCAACCUAAGCCUCAUGUUAGCUUCCAAGACACGAACGACGGUGAACCCAUGUCGGUCAUCGAUUCGGACGAGAAGAAGAAAUCUUCCUUUGAGUAUUUCAAAAAAAUCGAUAAGGUCAUUCAAAGUGGUGGGCCCUCAGACUAUAGCUUCCAAAAAUCCGAUACACAACACACUACGUACGAAGAUCACUCCUUGAGACGGGGUGAGCCUCCUCAAAUGUAUUACACACCCAAUUCUGACGGCGAAACGAAAACUAAACCCCCUCCGAUUAAUGAAAGAAUCAAGCAACUGGAAGAAAUUCCCGUCAAUACCAAAGAGCCGCCACAUGGUGGUGUGCCUGUAUUCCCUCCCAAAGCAGGUACUCCCAAACCGUCUUUGGAAGGUUUGAAGAUGGAAAAACUCUGGACUCCCGCUGCCACACAUCCCUCGGGUCUGGCUGGCUCCAAUCAUGAUCUAAGUGCACCUUCACUGGUAAAACAGGCCUUAGGCGGUGGUAGACCCAAAACCCCCAUCGAUGACAUUGAAUUACAACCCGGCACACCCCCAGAAAUGUGUUUUGCCCCCAAGGGCUCUGGCAUAGAUCAGCGCCAAUCCAUAGUGGAAACCAUGGAGAAGAUUAUCGAGGAGAAACUCAUACAGACCAAACCCACCAAUGUCUUGCCUCAGUCCGUGCCCACGGUAACACCACUAACGCCCACCGAUAUUCCCAACCUAGCACCGACCUACAAGCCACCCCCACCAGUUAUUCCCAGCAAGUUGCAAACGCCCUACGAGAGUGAUUACGAAAGUGAUCGCUACAAGCGCAGUGGCAGUGAGUCUGAUGAAAACUCCCUCCGUACAUCAUUGACAUCGUUCCAGGCUACGGGAGCCAAGACAAACGGUUAUGCAGCCGAUACCGAAGACAAACAGGAGAGCUAUUCCACCACCGAGAAUAAAUAUCAUCACGAGGACAAGGGUUACUCUGUAACAUCCAUGACCAAGAAUGUGUCCUACAACAUGUCUUCGACCACUGGUGGUGCUACCAAGCCAUUUGCACCCGAACCGGUUUACCAACAACCACCUUCGAUGGGUUACAAACCCGUCCCAGCUCCCAGCCCCAUUCCGGCUCAACGUAAGACUCCGGCAGCCGAAUACAGCGACUAUAGCAGUGAAAUUGAUGAACGCUUCCGUUCCGUUUCUCGUGCUUCCGAAAAUGAAAUUAAGGGCUACCGUGUAGUUCAUCCCCCGACUCCGGUGGCCAAGCCAGCUGUAAAUGGUCAUAAAUCUCCUGUGGUUGUGGUCACCCCCUCACCCAUGGAAUUCGAACCAACUCCACCGACAUCGGCCCCAUCUUAUGCUGCUAAGCCAAGACAAUUUGGCACUUAUCAACAACAACAAAGCAAACAAUUUAGCCAAACGCAUACACAGCAAACGAUGUGCAAGCCUAAGCCAGUGGCUGCUAAGUUCUUGGCCGCUGCCGCCCAGCAACAGCAAACCUUUGCUCCACCACCCCAGCCCAUACCCAAGGACUUCAAGCAACCUCGUGGUGUGGCCCCUCCACCUGGCAUGUACUACAAUGCCGUUGCCAGCUCGCCUGUGCAUGUGCCUCUGAUGGCCACUGAGACCAAGAAUUCCAUGCAGAUGAAGGAAUCCUCGGAAACUUGCCAACGCAUGGUCAAUAUGCAGCAGACCCAACGCGUCAUGCAUUAUGAUAGCCAAAACUACAACAACAACAACAACAGCAAUAUGGGAUCACAAUACCAACAACCAAUGGAGCAAUUGCCCUAUACUCCCACACCUUCGCCCCGAGGCAGGUCUCCUGGUUAUCAGCGUAUGGCACCACCAGCCACCCCCACCAAGUUUACCGCUGGCCAGUUCCGCGAAGGCAGCAGCAUGUACUCGCACAUCGACCAAGUGCGCAUUGCUCCCCUCUGGACACCUCAUGGCCACUCGGGACCCAUGCACUAUCGCCACGUUGAGGCACCCCACGGCAGCAGGUCCAACAGCUUGCCACGCACCUAUGAGCGCGUUCUCUCGCCCAUGGAAUUCGACAGGGGUCCAGAGAUGCCCACCAAAAUUCAAGUGGAUGUGAAUACCAUUCGCCGUGAUCGCGCCAACAACAUUGGCCUACAGAAUCGCACUCAAUCCUUGAAUCGUAAUUCAUCGAUGCGUUCUCAUCAGCAAUAUUACCAAACGAAUACUUACGACAUGGGGCUACCCACAAGCUUCCCACGCGAUGACAUGAACCUCAAGGUAGGUUCACCACCAAGGGCAUAUGGCGUUGUCGGUGGUGGCGACUGGCAAUCACAAGCCGAGCGCCAGGGCAAAAGCAUGAGCUCGUCGUUUGUGCAAAAGACCCAAAAGUUCUCCGAAAACAUGAGCCACGACAUGCACAAAUAUGGCAACUCCAGUGCCCAUCUAGUCAAUGGAUCGGCCUCGCCCAUGGGCUACCGUUCCGGUUACCAACAAGGAUGCAGUGAGGUUGACAAUAGGCCACAAGCUUAUCGUGAUGAAUCAAGGGUAUCUCAAUAUGGUACCAAAUGUGUUGAUCCCAAAACUGGGUUGAUAUAUUUCAAAUAUGAUUUCGGUUAUGAAUUUGGUAUACUCUUCCCCGGUGAGGGUCACAAGUUUGUGGCCAGUCAAUGGAAUAAAUCACGACAGUCAGCCUUGCCCACCAGUCAUCAGCAAAAGUUUAGCAAAGAUACAGGUCGAAAAUCCCUGUAUCCACUGGCAGAAGGUCGCGAUCUAAUAAUACCGGUGCGUCAUGAGCGUAGCAGUGUUACGCCUUCACCCAUAAAUGCAGGUUAUUAUUCCGACACCGAUGUUGGCAAAUAUCGUGGCCAUUCAUCAUCAUUUCGUUCGGUGACACCAAAUCUAUCAUCACCCUCACCAUGUGCGUUUGCUACAAAUAAUAGACUUAGGAAACGUUACAGCCUACCAAAUACCCAGACGAUCGACAUAAACAUUGAUCGUUUACACAGUGGUGAUUCUUUGAAUAAUUUGACAAAUUUACCUUUACCAGGACAACAUGGCCAUCCCGGAGAUAUGGCUGUAAAUUACAGUCGCGAUGAAUAUGUACCCAUUGCACCCAUUUUCAUUACGCCCUUGAAGGAUCAUGCUGUGGCAGCUGGACAAACUGCACGUUUUGAGUGCAUUGUUCAAUCGCAUCCCACACCAUCUGUAACCUGGUCCAGGAAUGGUUACAAUUUGGAUGGCAGUAACAAACACUAUGUGGAAUACCGCAAUGGUGUAUGUCGUCUCACCAUACCGCAUGCAUAUCCAGAUGAUGCUGGUAACUAUGCAUGCACUGCUGCCAACCCCUUGGGCGUUGCCACCUCUAAUGCCAACUUGAAAGUUAAGACCCACUACAAGGCUGUUCACGUCUUUAAAUAAUAGCUUUAAGUUCAUCUAUUCAAUGAGUGUUUUAUAUUAUUCUUAUUAUGCUACUAUGAUGAUACUAUUCGUACUACUACUACUUCUACUACCACUACCACUAUUACCAUACUCGCACCAACAUCACUAUGAUGCAACAAUGCCGAUGCCUAUGAUGGAUCGAUGUUGGAGUGCAGGGUAUGCACAAUAUUGGGGAGUCUAUACAAAUAUCUGCAGAUUACGAACCGCAUUCAAUAGAAGACGAUCGGAUGCAUCCCUUUCAAAACCAUUCAAAUUGUUUCCUUUGUUUUUGUCGAUUACGAAUUGUUGUUAUUAUUGUUUGUAUUAUUAUCAUAAUUAUUAUUAUAUCUACUACAACUAUGCUUAUAAUUAUGUAUUACUAAUAUUGUUAUCGAUUUAUCGAAUUUAUCGAAUGCAUUUUCUAGUCAUUUUUCAUGUUUAUUAUUCACAGCUACACAACAUGUUGCUAGCAACAACACAAUCUACACAAUACUCAUUUCGAUAUCCACACAAUGUUGAGUUCAACAUGUUGCUGGCAACAUAACAUAUAUGUAUGUAUUAUGUUCUUUGGAAUAGGGGAUGAAUCCUAAUAAAGACGACUCAGAUUGACUCCACAAAAAAAAUGAGCUAUGAA